UUCAUGCUGCCAGGUCCGAAACAAAAGAGCAUCUAAGGUCCACCAACAUAACCUGAUUUCCUGCUGGAUAAAGGGGUGGGGAGUAUUCCUAGAAACAACAAAAACAGCUACAGAAAUGGACUGCCAUUUUUCUGUCUGGGGGGUUCUGGCCUUUCUGAGUUUGGCUCUGGUUGUUUCGUUGGUACUGAACAUUUGCCACUAUACAAAGAAGAAGCAAGCUAAAAUGUAUAAAGACUAUGAAGACAACUGUCCAAGCUAUGACUAUUACACAGAAGAUGACCCAGUUUAUGGCAAUCUCAAUCAACAAAUUUUAGACCAAUGUUGUUAUGAACAGAUGAAGUCCCAGCCUCAAAGGCCGGUUAACCAACUACAGGUGGAGUCUGCCAAUCAGAUGUGUUAUGCCUCACUUGAUCACAGUGUCAAGAGAAAAUGCAGAAAAGCGAGGAGAAAGAAAGACCCUUCGUUAGAGGAGGAUGAAGACGAAAGAUCAUCAAAUCACACCAUGAUGACUUCCAAAGUUAGCAUUUACCUCAAUAGUGAGCAGCUGGCUGCUGAAAACACGGCAAACAUAGAAGCUGUUCAUGAUGAUCCCAUCAGAUUGAUGAGUUUGAUUCAUACUACAGCAGGCGAAAACAUUUGAAGUGGCUUUACACUCCAAAUAGAUAAUCAUGAAGUGAGAUCUGAUUGUUCAUUCUGGAGGAACAGUGAGUGAUUACAGAUAAUAUCCUGGCAAACUGACUUACCAAACAGUGGUAUAAAAGAGGUAAGUUAGGUGUUUCAAAGUGUCUUCCAAGGAAUAUUUAUGCACAAAACAAGAAAUAAGUAUAGAUCCAGCCUGACACUUUGAAGGACAUGCCCCUGUGAAGACGUUUUGAAAUAAAGUUGUAGAAGGUGCUAUCUCAGCAUUCACAUGACAAAAAUUAAUCCUCUGUUCAAAACAACCAUCAACUUUCAAGCAGUCUGACAUGCUUGUUGUUUGUAGAACUCUAACAGUACAACUGUUCUUCUAUAUAGGUUUUAACAAUACUUCUGGAAGGAAAUCAUCUUUCAUACCUGCACAU